CCUAUUCUCGACUCGGACGAGAUGGUUGCGUGUGGCCGAUUUUUAAAACACUGUUUUAUGAGAAAGAGACGUUGGGUUUCUGGUAAGAAAAAAUGUGUUCGAGAGAGAUGGGUUUCUAUAAAGUGAGAAUUGGUUUUUAGAGAGAUUGGGUUUAUAAAGAUCAUGCGUUUUUACUUUGGUUCAUACAUAUUUUGAGAGAUGCUCUGAUUUUAGGGAUACUCUGUCUCUGUCUCUCUUCUAUGGACAAAGUUAAAAAAUGGCUAUCUUCAUCUGAAAAUGUGAGCUUCGUCUUCAAGCGUUUCCUGAUAUCUGCAACUGGAAGUAAUCAUUCUUUCCUUUGAUGGGAUGCUUAGGUGGGUUUCUAGGAUUUCUUAUUUCCAAUCUAUAAGACUGAGGAAACCAGGGUUCAAUUCAUCCCUGUAUUCCUGUAAAUCAAAUGAAGACUUGCAAAAUGUUGAUUUGCCCUUGCCAUUGCCCAAAGCUCAGAGGAAGCCAUAUCCAACACCUAUGAAAGUCCUCAUACAAAGAGCAAAGCAGGAAAAAGAAGAGAGAAAGGCCAAUCAUUUUAGGGUUCUUCCACCCCCUGAUAAUGGUCUUCUAGUGCCAGAGCUCGUUCCCAUCGCAUACGAAGUUUACGGGGCUAGACUUAAACUUCUCGAUGGUCUCUCGAAGCUUGUUUAUGGUGUGGUUCCUGUUAAAAGAUGCAGGUUCUGCCAUGAGGUCCAUAUCGGUUCCAUUGGCUAUGAAAUAAGGACAUGCACAGGCCCCAAAAGUGGUUUCAGGAGCCAUACGCAUGUAUGGAGGAAGGGAAGAAUCGAAGAUGUGGUGGGUUUUCCCCAUUGUUUCCAUCUCUAUGAUAGAGCAGGAAGACCAAGAGUUGUUCAUGAUGAAAGAUUCAAAGUUCAGAGGCUUCCUGCCAUUGUGGAGCUCUGUAUUCAGGCUGGUCUAGACCUUGAAGAUUACCCAACCAGAAGAAGAACCAGGCCUGUUUAUAUUGCCGACGGAAGGGUUCUAGAUUUUGAGCCAUUUCAAGACAAUAACUUGCAGACCCAUGAUUCACUUUCUUAUUCCAGGCCUCCUCAUGAACACGGAGCAGAGAAUUCAAGGAAAUUGAACUGGGAGAAAAGGCUCCAAUUACCUUCAGGUGAGAGCUUACAAUGCAAUGAUCCGACCAAUAACUCGCCGACCAAUGAAUUGCUUUGUCACACUAGCCUUACUCCUGAACUUGAAGAAAAUUCCAGUUCAUUAAAAGGAUCCAAAUCAUAUCUGGGAGAUAAUUCAGAGAUCCAUGAUUCAUUCGUACGUAAUCACCUUCCUCCUGAUUUCAGAAAAGAGACUUUGAGAGAAUUCUCUGAAAAUGAGAGAUUGAAGCCAAGUUCAGCUCAUGGUUUUCAGUUAGAGUCUCGAGUAUUUGCUUCUGAAAAUGUACAAGAUGUAAGAGAAUUGAACAUUCUUUCUUGUGAAAGUGGAGAAGAGGAUGUGAGAGAAUUGAGCACUAAGACCAUGAACUCAUGGUUUAAGAUGAGGGAAGGAGCAAAGAAGCUCAUGAAGAAGUAUUCAGUGAAGACUUGUGGUUAUUGUUUAGAGGUUCAGGUCGGGCCCAAGGGGCACAAGGUGAGAAUGUGUAAGGCUUUCAAGCACCAGCAACGCAAUGGUCAACACGCUUGGCAAGAGGCAACAAUGGAGGAUUUGAUUUUCCCCAAAUAUGUGUGGCACGUUGCAGAUCCCAAUGGUCCUCCACUAAGCAACGUGUUAAAGAGGUUUUAUGGUAAGGCACCAGCCAUUGUUGAGCUCUGUGUUCAAGCUGGGGCUCCAGUUCCAGAGGAAUUUAGGGGCAUGAUGAGGUUGGAUGUGGUUUCUCCAGGCAUGGAUGAAGCUGAUCUUGUCUCUUGAAACUGUAGUCAGAGAUGUGUAGGAUUUUUUGGUGAGAAUCUUAAUUUGAGGUGGGAUUUCGAAAGUUGGAGAGUUGACGGUUUUUCCUCUGGUGUGGUUUUAGGAUUGCUCGAUCCUUUCCAUGCUUCUUUCCAUUUUGAGGACUGACUAGAAGUAUCCCCCCUUUACUGUAAUUGUUUUGUAUACUUGUAUCACCAUAGGGAACAGGUGUAAUUUAUAGAUGUUACAAGAGUGUUUUAGCUCUAUCUGUAUGUCUGCCAUUGCCCCAUUGAGGAGGGCUUGGAGCUAUCAUAAGGGAAAUAUUUUAUUUUAUGUGAAUUCUCAAUGUGUAUUUCUUGAAUUCUAUGAUCUGACCUAGUAGGACAACCAAGUUCUGAUCUGAGGAUGCAUGGAAGGUGACUAUCCACACCUUCGCAGCAAUGCUUUAAACCAAACCCAAAUUGAACUAUUUCAUGGGAAUAAUGUAGAUCUUGUGAGAUGCAAAUUUGUUUUUCACUGCUAACAUCAUCAUUUUCGGCAUUGUCCUUACAUCCCACAACAACAUGGCAAGAAGGAAAAUUUCCGUGUUAUGGGCAGGCUAAUGGCCUAAUGCCUUGCUGCUUGAAUCAAUCUCAGGUGUUUGAGUGUUCCUUGCCAAUUGAAUCAAUCUCAUGCAUUCAAGUGUUGUUUGCAGAAUUCUACACUCAAAAGUUUAAAUUGUUUAGGGCAUGCCGCCCUCCUGAUAACUCACCUUCUGGAUGCUAUGGCUUGUUCCCACAUGGAACUUUUACACCUGGCUCUCUAGAUAACGGGGCUAUCCAAGGUCAGCAUUCCACCAUCCAAGCACCUUUAAGUCCGUACAUGGAUGCCCCAUAUCAUGGGAUCUCCUCAAGUGUUCCCCAUGCGUUAUCCUCACCGGUUGGGGUUGCUUCAGCUGCCAACCAUGACAGUAGUCUCAGUGAGCAAAGCCAUUCUGUGGGCCACAAUAUGAACUUCGGUUUUCAAGGCAUGCCAGCUUUCCAUCCUCACUCGCUUCUAGAGUAUGACAAUGGUCUCAGCAAUAGUGUUCCCUAUAAUUCUCCGGGUGCCAUAUCUGGCCUAGCUGUAAAUAUAAAUUCCGGACCAGCUGAAGGAGUUGAUGGCAGGGCAAUCCAUGCAAGGGGUUCUAAUGGCUUCAACAAUCAUUCUUAUGAGAUGAAUGAAAACCGUAGAAGAAACCUUACUCUGCUCUUUACGUUCCUUACAAGACUGAAUUGCUUUUAUCUGGAGCUUAUGAUGCGGAAUGCCUGCUUGCAUUUCUUUAGUGGAAUUCAUGAGAAACAAAGAGAAUGAUGUCUGCAUUUUUAGAGUUAGUUUUGGCAGUCAAUGCCUGGAACAGUCAUGUCUCAGUUGAAGUAGACACUAAUGAACUGGUUGCGUUAUGUUUUGGAGAUUUGUAUUUGUACUUAUAACUUGUUAGUGAUUUCUUCUAUUCAAUGUGUGAGGGGCUACUAAGUGUGUUUUAAGCCUGAUUAAGAAUGGAAUUUGCUCA